GUUCAUGGUAAAUCCAAAAAGAGAAAAAGCCUCUUUAGUGUUACCAGUACCAGCGACUUUGCCAGAACGUUGAGGGUUGUGGCGGGAAGAUGCAAGGCGCGGACCUUCUAAGCUCUCUUGAGUUAUCUUAACCUUUUCGCACUACUUCAUUCCUUUCUCUGUUUUCACGAAUUCUGAUUCUAAGUAAUGGAAUCUGUAGUUGCUUACGCCUUUCAUUUCAUCCUAACUACUCUUUCCCAUUCCUUUUUUCCAUUCCAAGCCUCUCUCUCUCCCCUUUUAAAUUUGUUGCUUCUUCUUCUUGCCUUGCGUUGCAUCUUUUCAUUUCUCAGAACUCGCAUAUCGUUGCUACACCUGACUUCCGGAAACCAUUUGGAUUAUCCUGUCCAUGGCCAUGAGCACAAAUUACUUGUCAAUUUGAGUGUGCGUUUCUAGGACUAGCCGGAGCACACGGGGUCUUCAGGCCAAUUGAAUAUUCUUUACUAUUUCCAGAAACGAUACUCAAAUCAGAUAUUCUAAUAGUUUUUCUUCUUCUUUUUCCCUUGUAUUUCACAGGACUCUUUUUUCGAUCUGCCUUGAGGUAAUAAUCUGUCAUUUCAGUUUUGCAGUGUUUUCAUUAUUUUUUUUUUCAAAUUUCCUAAUUCCAUUAUUACCAGUCUUUCACCAUCCAAUUGCUCAUUUCUCCUCAUGCUAUGCUUUGAAUUCCUUGUGCUAAUUUUCCCGCAUUAAUUCAAAUUCAUUGAGGCUUGGAUUGCUUGUAGAGGCCCUCCAUUUCAAGUUGCGAGAGGUUGAACGGAAUGUUUUUUCUGUUUUCUAUAUCUCAGCAACUAAUAGUGGAGGACAUUCUUCAUCCAUUGGAAUUCAACUGGUUUCCGCCCCUUUAGUUUUAUGUUGAGCGGGAAAUUAUUUUGUACAGCAUAGGUGUCUCACUCUUCAUAAUUCAAGGAUAAUUUGAGCUUAUAUUGAACUUAUAUUUAAGCUUGGAGAGCCUUACCUGCAACUGAUAUUUUAUUCCCGCUACUUUUGGCGUUGUUUCAUCAGUAAAAGUCUGUAGAAUUGGUUGUUCUUGGCUCCACUUGGUGCCUAAGAUGGGAUGCGGAAACAUUUACAGUAGGCGUGCGAGAGUAUUUGCUGUAGCUUCUUUGAUCUAUCUGGAUUAUAAGGCUGUACAGCAAAUAGAUAAAUGGACCGUUGACUCCAAAAGAGCUGCACUGUGGGAUAAGGCUCAUGAGCGCAAUGCUAAGCGUGCUCUCAACUUGAUCAUAGAAUUGGAAGGUUUGUGGGUAAAACUUGGACAGUACUUAUCCACACGUGCUGAUGUUUUUCCUCAUGCAUAUGUAUCACAUCUCAAGAAGUUACAGGACUCUCUUCCUCCUCGUCCCGUGCAAGAGGUUUGUCAUACUAUAGAGAAAGAAUUGGGAAAAUCUAUGGAUGAUCUUUUCUCAUAUUUUGACCGAACUCCUUUGGCAACAGCAUCGAUUGCACAAGUCCAUCGUGCAAGGCUUAUUAAUGAGGAGGAGGUGGUUGUUAAAGUUCAACAUGCAGGCAUUAAGACAGUGAUAUUGGAGGACUUAAAGAAUGCCAAGUCAGUUGUUGACUGGAUAGCAUGGGCAGAACCACAGUAUGACUUCAACCCCAUCAUGGAUGAAUGGUGCAAAGAAGCUCCGAAAGAACUUGACUUCAAUAUUGAAGCUGAGAAUACUAGAACCGUUGCCAGAAAUCUUGGCUGCAGAAAGAACGAUGAUGAUAGCAAGCCUGUGAAAUCAGUGGAUGUUCUGAUUCCGGAGGUUAUUCAGUCAACUGAAAAGGUCCUAAUUUUAGAGUAUAUGGACGGGAUUCGUUUGAAUGACAAUGAAUCUCUUGAAGCUUACGGUGUUGACAAGCAAUCAGUAGUUGAAGAAAUAACACGCGCCUAUGCCCAUCAAAUAUAUAUUGAUGGAUUUUUUAAUGGUGAUCCACAUCCCGGAAAUUUUUUGGUGAGCAAGGAACCUCCACAUCAUCCAGUUUUGCUCGACUUUGGGCUUACAAAGAAAAUAUCAACUUCUAUGAAACAAGCACUAGCCAAAAUGUUUCUUGCAUCUGCAGAGGGCGACCAUGUGGCCCUUUUGUCUGCCUUUGCAGAAAUGGGGCUCAGGCUGCGCCUGGACAUUCCAGAUCAGGCUAUGGAAGUAACAAAUACAUUUUUCCGCACUUCAACUCUAGCAAAUGAAGCUUUUGAAAACAUGAAAUCCUUGGCCGAGCAAAGAUCAAAACAAAUGAAGGUGAUACAGGAAAAGGUGAAGCUCAAAGAAAAAGAACUUAAGCGCUUUGACCCAGUUGAUGCAUUUCCUGGAGAUAUUGUUAUAUUUACACGGGUCCUCAAUCUUCUGAGAGGGCUUUCAUCCACUAUGAAUGUUCGGAUUGUAUAUCAAGAAGUCAUGAGACCAUUUGCAGAAUCUGCUCUACUAGGAAGUGUCAAUAAGGGACCAGCAGUUAAUUCACAAUGGAUCUAUGACACACCACCUCAUUCUGAUGUGGAGACAAAGUUGAGGCAGCUCUUAAUUGAGCUGGGAAAUGAAGAAAAAAUACUUGGCAUCCAGGUAUGUGCCUACAAAGAUGGCAAGGUUGUUAUUGAUACUGCCGCGGGAGUACUUGGUAGAUAUGAUCCUCGCCCAGUUCAGCCUGAUAGCCUUUUCCCAGUGUUUUCUGUAACAAAAGGAAUCACAGCAGGAAUGCUACAUUGGCUUAUUGACAAUGGAAAAGUCAAGCUUGAUGACAAUAUUGCUAAUGUGUGGCCAGAAAUUAGAACCAACGGAAAAGAUCAGAUAAAGGUCUGUCAUGUUCUAAACCAUACAUCUGGUUUGCACAAUGCCUUGGCUGUUCUUAGAGGUGCAAAUCCUUUGCUUAUGUGUGACUGGGAAGAAUGCAUGAAUCAAAUAUGUAUGUCAGUACCUGAGACAGCACCAGGCCAGGAGCAGUUGUAUCACUAUUUUUCUUUUGGUUGGCUGUGUGGCGGAAUAAUUGAGCAUGCCUCUGGCAAGAAAUUUCAGGAGAUUCUUAAAGAAGCGAUCAUUCAGCCCCUCAAUAUUGAAGGCGAGCUAUAUGUUGGAAUUCCUCCAGGUGUGGAAUCUCGACUUGCAAGUCUGACGGUAGAUAUGAAUAAUCUCAGCGACCUUUUAGAGAUGUAUAGUCGUCUUGACCUGCCAUCUUCCUUCCAGCCAAGCAACAUUGUCCAACUAGUGACAACUUUACCAGCUUUAUUCAACAUGCUGAAUGUUCGCCGCGCGAUCAUACCUGCUGCUAAUGGACAUUGCUCAGCCCGCGCUCUUGCACGCUAUUAUGCAGCCCUUGUUGACGGCGGCACAAUCCCACCACCACAUUCCUCUUUCUCCAAGCCGCCACUUGGUAGCCACCCCCACAUUCCCAAGUUUCCUUCUGAGAAGACCCCCAAAAAGCAAAAGGGCAGAAAUGGCAGUGAUGGAACUAGACUCGCUACUGAUCCUAGUAGCAGCACCAGUGAUGUCAGUGCAGCUGGCAGUUUUGCAAGCGGUGAUGGUUCUCGAAAGAACAGUGUUGAGAAGAUUUUUACUAACCCGAGAAUUCAUGAUGCAUUCUUGGGCGUGGGGGAGCAUGAGAAUUUGGCCAUGCCAAAUGGAAAAUUUGGACUCGGAUUUAGGAGGGCUAUUUUGAAUGACGGAUCCUUUAGUGGGUUUGGGCACUCAGGCAUGGGCGGAUCAACAGGUUUUUGUGACAUCAAAAACAGGUUUGCCAUUGCGGUGACACUGAACAAAAUGUCGUAUGGGGGUUUAACAAGAGAAAUUAUUCAGCUUGUUUGUUCAGAGCUAAAUAUCCCAUUGCCGGAGGAUUUCUCAAGUUCUGGCGACAGAGGACCUGAUGUACAACUAAAUAUAGGGGGGAUUGCUGAUUAAUUGAAUUAUGAGAUAUAUCUUUGUUGCUUUUAUAUGUGGAUACAACUUAAAAAAUGUUGUAAUAGAAAAUUUUAAACUGCAACCAUGGUAUUUUAUUAUGACCGGAAAUUCGGAAAUCUGAAAUAAUUACUAUUAC